AUGGGGUUUGCAUACAAAAUUGAAAUCUACAGUAGGCAAGAAAAUAAUCCAAAAUUCAGGUUAGAUAACGAACCAGAUAUUGGAGCAUCUGGAAAUGUUGUGAUUCGCCUCAUAAGGGAAGUUCCAAGGUAUCAGAAUUACAAGAGCUACUUUGACAGAUAUUAUACCUCUAUGGAUCUAGUUGUAUACCUUUUCAAACUUGGGGUCCAGAGUGUAGGAACAAUACAAAGGAAUAGGAUACCAAAUUGCAAAUUUCAAAGUGAAAAGGAACUGAAGAAAGAUGCACGUGACUAUUCUGAGGAAUACAUCACUACUGUUGACAAUGUGGACAUUUCCUCUGUUUUGUAUAAAGAUAAUAAUAUUGUCUGUUUGCUGUCUACAUUUGUUGGUGAGCUGCCAAAAUCUGAAGUGAUAAGAUUUGACAGAAAGAAGAGAGAGCACAGAAUGGUGCAGUGUCCAGUUGUUUCUGUUUACAACUCACAUAUGGGAAAUGUAGAUUUGUUGGAUAGCAACAUUGGAAGGUGUCAUAUAAAGAUUAGAUCCAAACGCUGGUAUUUACGUUUGUUUUUCCAUCUGAUUGAUAUAAUUGUAAUAAAUUCAUGGAUUCUGUACAGAAGGGUACUAAUGGAAAAAACAGCAGCAAACAUGCCAAUGAAUCAGAAGAAAUUUAGAACUGAGUUGGCUCAAACUCUUUGCUAG